GUGAACGGAUAAUCAUGCCUGAACCAGCAAAGUCUGCACCCAAGAAAGGCUCAAAGAAGGCCGUCACCAAGACCGCCGGCAAAGGAGGAAAGAAGCGCAAGAGAUCCAGGAAGGAGAGCUAUGCUAUUUACGUGUACAAAGUUCUGAAGCAGGUUCAUCCUGACACCGGAAUUUCUUCCAAGGCGAUGGGAAUCAUGAAUUCUUUCGUCAACGACAUCUUCGAGCGCAUCGCCGGUGAAUCGUCUCGUCUCGCUCACUACAACAAGCGCUCCACCAUCACAUCGAGAGAGAUCCAGACCGCCGUGCGUCUGCUGCUGUUUGACCUGAAAUAUUUCUAA